GUGAGGUUUUUGCCCCCUUUGUAUCUCCACGGGCUUCCUUCCGGAGCAACAUACGUUCUGUCGAAAGUUGUGUUCGGCAUUCGUAUUUCCGAUCGGUCAACAUCGUUCUCCUGUGUAGCCCGCGCGAGCAUUCUCCCGUCUGCACGAAGCGCUCUGCCGAUAAGAGUACACAGUAUACAGUGGAGCUGUCAGCCGUCCAUCCUCUUUUUCUGAAACAUUGAGCGGAUCCCGGGGACCUCCCCGACAGUUUACUCUUGCGAAGGUUCUCCCGUGCUCUCGUGUCUCGCCGAAGGAUCUAAGCUCCCGAAAGUCAACCACCCUCGCUCCGAGUCGAGAGAUUCUCAUCCGGACCGGACUGCAAGGUGAUAUAUCCGGCAUUGUCGGAUCGAGCAUCACGAUGGAGGCACUUGGCGGUCCCGUUACCAGGGGGAAGAGGAGACGCCUCGAAGGAUCCGGGCACUCUGCAGCUGGACCUUCGGGGGGACCGUCUUCCCAUAAAAUCGCCUUCAAGCUCCAACUGACGGAGGAUGAAGCAGCUCCCGAAUGGAUUGGGGACGUACUCCGGUCGAAUCAGCUGAUAGUCGCGAAAAUCUUCGAAUAUCUUGGGGUUUAUGGCCUGAGCAGAGCGGCAAGAGUGUGCCGUUUUUGGAGGAGGUGCGCCCAGCAAGCUGCGCGGAACCGUCAGAUGAUCAAACAUUUCAACGUGAUAAAUCUGGAUGUCGGAGGUUUGGACAGAAAGCUCUUCGGCCGAGAGUUGGUCAGAAGCCUACGCGAAUGCUACGCCGCUCCGAGCCUCGUCAUGAUCUUCACAACGAAACAUAUGGCAGACGAAGGCUCGAAGUAUUUCGAUGAUUUUACCGGAUCCAGAGAGGAAUUCAGCCGGAACGUCAGAAAACUACAGAGAACUGGGAAACUUGCCUACAACUCAGCCCUAUCGAAUUAUCUAUCCACCAAGCUGCCACCCGGAUCGCUGCUCCAGCUCUGUUCCGGUUGGGGUUUAACGGUGACCGAUGCGGUCGAUGGUCCCAUCGAACACGAAGAUUGCGAAGGUUUCGCCGCGAUCUGUAUCUCACAAUUCCCAAAUGUCAAAAUCCGCACUUUCUCUGUGAGAGAGCCUUGCCGCCCCAGCGAGGGAAGAGUCCGUCCCAGCGCGUGUCAACUCAUUCACGCAGCUGCUCUGGGAGAUGUCAAGGACGCCAAAGCUGUGAUCGCAUUCUCGAAGGAAGCACCCGAGCCCAUUUCCAAUGCGAUGCAUUUGAUGGAUGCAUUAGUCAAAGAUUAUCCGAAACUUGCUAUUGCCGGGGCUACUCUGCUCAGCCAUGGAGUCUACGAACCUUACUCGACACAGCAAGACUCCUCCUGGCCGGGAAGGAGCAAGCCAGAUCAGAGUCCGCACGCUGAAGUGGGACUCUGUGGGAUCGUCAUCGAAGGGGAUGUUAAGGCAGCGAGCAUUGUCCUCGGCCACGACUGCAGGGGUUCUGAGGCUGUCAAAGAGAAGAUGUCGGAGCUCAAAUCGUUCCCAGUCAUCCACGGGCGUACCGUGGGUUUCAUGUUCUCUUGUUGUGGCCGUGGCCAAUGCUUUCAUUUGGGCGUGAACGUCGAGGGUAGUGUCUUCGGUGAACUCUUCCCCGGAGUCCCUCUGAUGGGAGUGUUCGGGAGCGGAGAAUUCGGAGUGGAUACUUUCAGCGACGUACCUCCCGCCGAUUUCCGAUUUUCCUACACUUCGGUGAUCAUGUUGAUAACCUUCAAUCCUCCUCCAGAAGACGGGCAGGCGAACUAGGCAGUGAAUAAAUACAUAAAUCU